CUUUGUGCCGGAGGUAGUGCAGACAUGGAGUUACCCUCUGCCCUCGGCCACCCCGGCUGGUUCUUUACUGCCCUCCUUCUGGCCGUUAUCCUGCGGCUCCAGAGAAAAGGCAGCUGGACCCCCCGAAAAUGCCGCGUCGACCUGACCGGGAAAACGGCCAUAGUGACCGGGGCCAACACAGGUAUCGGGAAGAGCGUAGCCAUGGAUCUGGCCCGGAGGAACGCGCGGGUGAUCCUGGCCUGCCGCAGUAGAGAGCGAGGACAGAAGGCCGUGGAGGAGGUUCGAGAGGCGACGGGGAACCAGAAGGUGUCUCUGGGGAUCCUGGACACCAGCAGCCUGUCCUCGGUCCGAGCCUUCGCCCAACGGACCCUGCUGGAGGAGAAGAGGCUGGACAUCCUGAUCAACAACGCCGGCGCGUCAGGGCUGCCACAUUCCAUGACUGCGGAUGGACUGGAGAACACCUUCGUCACCAAUCACCUGGGGCCAUUCCUGCUCACUAACCUGCUACUGGAUCUCAUGAAGCGCUCUGCCCCAAGCCGCAUAGUCUUUGUCUCGUCCUUCAUCCACAGCAAGGGGGUAAUAAACCCAAGACACCUGAAGGGGGAAGAUCUCCAGAGCUUACAUAUCAGUGACUAUUACAGCAGCACCAAGCUGAUGAACCUGGUGUGCGCCAACGAGCUGGCCAGGAGGCUGCAGGGAACCGGAGUGACGGUCACCAGCCAGAACCCCGGCGUGGUGGUAACCGAGGCCAUGAGGAACUACAAUAUCGUUAUGAGAUUCAUCUUUCACCUUCUGGGCUUCUUCUUCUUCAAGUCCGCCGAGGAGGGGGCCGCCAGCACCAUAUUCUGCGCUGUGUCCGAGGAAGCCGAAGGAAUGACGGGAAAGUACGUGGAUAGCGACUGCACGGUGGUGCUGCCCGCCGAGAACGCGCGCGAUCCGGAUGUGGCCAAGAAGCUGUGGGAGGCCUGUGAGUCGGCCACGGGACUGGACGGCCGUGAAGGACAGUGACCGGGGCCGGCCUUCGGUGUGCAGGCGCCCUGUGCGGACUACUUCUCUGGCGCCCCCCUCGACAAAAAAGAAAGGGAAAAAAUCUUGUAACAAACAACUAGUUUUAAUUAGAGAUUAUUUAUGUGCAAACAA